AUGACUCCGCGCCUGCCUCUCGACGAACGCAGAGACGCCCAAAGAGUUCAAGACGGCCUUGGGAGACGCCCAAGGCGGCCCCAGGAAGCUUUCAAGAUGGCCCGAUGGGGGCCGAGGUGCUUCUCAAAAGGCCCCCGCGCGAGUGGCUGGCAUGCCGGCCAGUUGGCUUGGGAGGGUGCUUUGCUUCCACGGCCUGCUGGUGCUUCCAGCGCCCUGAUGCUGGGCAGGUGGCCCGCCUGCGCGCUGCGGGCGUGCGCGUUUGGAUGCUGUCUGGGCGUGGCCUCGAUGCCGCUGGGCGAAGUGGCCGCCGUCAUCGGUGAGCCGAGCGACGAGCUGACAUCGGGGCUGCCGUUGUCGCGGCCCGCCAGGCCCCCGAUGUGUGCGCGCCGCCGAGCGAUGCAGGCAGCCACGUCGGCGCCCGGGCUUCGCCGCCGACUUUCACCGCCCACCUCAGUUUCCGCCGAGGCGCCUCGCGCGGGCCUCGCGCAGGCAUCGCGCGUCGUCUGUGCUCGCCUCGCCCGCUGCUUCCCGCUGCUGGCCCACAAUCGCCCUCCGCUGCUGCAGCUUGAGAGCGGGAUGCUGUGCAUCUCUUCGCUAUGCUCCCUGGGUGCCCACGCGGCGCACAUCGAAUGA